AUGGCGACGCGCAGCUCGCACCGCUUGUCAUUGCAAGUGAUGAGAUCCUUGACGAUAAGCAAACAGUUCAUACGAAGUUUUCAUAAGAACACGGGCGCCCCUUCUCCGCCGUCACCCACUCCCUUUGUUCCUGAUGUCGAGACCUUUCUCAAGUUGAUCGGUCGUGGGAUGCACAAGCAUGCGAGCAAGCUACCUUCCUGGGAUAAGCUAUUCACUUCCAGUUCCUCUGAACUUCGGGAUCUAGGCAUUGAGCCAGCACGCCAGCGACGCUACCUGCUUCGCAAGAUGGACAAGUUCAGGCAGGGGAUCUAUGGGCCCGGUGGAGACCUGGAGAACGUGGUCGAUGGCGUUGCGCAGCUUCGAGUUGUUGAAGUUCCGACACUGAACAAGGAAACAUCGCACCCUUUGAAUUCCUCGGCCACUUUAUCUCCAGGGAUGAAAAGAGUCAUUGUCAACAUUCCGCCGGAUGCUUCUGAAUACACCCAUGAUCCCACGAAACCCCUCAAGAAGUUUGCGCGCAUGAAAAUCACGGCCGGUUCUGCUAUCAGCGGCCCGUAUCUCCAACCGAUCAAAGGAACAAAUGGUAGUGCAGCCCUAAUCAAAGUCGAGGAGGGUAUGUGGGAGGACAAGCUCGGCCACAAAGUGGACGGUGGUGAAAGGAGACGUGCUGAAGUUCGGGCUAAGAAGCGAAGCGAAGAGAGGAAGAAGGGAAACUAA